AAUUAGUUCUCCCUGACGAUAGUAAGUUACGUCAAGAAAGUCCUGGGUUACAUGUGCCUCUGGCAGCCACUAAAUAACAUGUCGUGGGAAGAAAGGAGUUAAGAUGCGUACUGCGUCAAUACCGCAAUUAAGAUAACAAAGGGCAUUGCUAUCAUGACAGAAGCUGCUGUUGUGGUGUAUUUUACUCUAGCUGAGACUGUGCUGAACGCACAUGGUGUUAUUCUGACUUCCUACAGAAUACACCAUGUGUACAUCACACCUUACUGCCGGAGAUUGGUAGAUUACAUGCAAAAUUUAAUUACCGGAGCUGUCAGUCAAAAAAUACUAUUUUCUAAAGUUUAUAUGAGGUCACAAUGGAGCCCAGGGAAACUACAAGGAUGGAUAUUUUGUUUUGUUCGUAUUUCCAACCUUUAAGUCAUAGAGAGCUCAUCUACUUAUAAGUUCUGUCAAGUGGAGAAAACUAUAAAGUUCCAGACCUGAAGAUGACUGUUGAGCCUCAAGGGCUUGGCCUUCUGAGCCAGUGUGGUGAAACAUACAGUCCCACAUAUGAAGACCACUACCAAGCAGGGCAAACUGCUCUGAAAGAGGGGGAGUUUGAUCGAGCCGAGAACCAUUUUGCCUCGGCCCUCAAACUUGUCCAUCAUCAGUUUUCUGACCCUCAGACAGUUUCAGCCCUCCAUGCAUUAGGUGACGUGUUCCUCGCACGAGUGAACAAUAUUCUUAGACUUCCAGCAACUAAAGGAAAGGAGGAUCCAAAACUCACAGAAAUCAAAGCAGCAAGUGUUGAGCAAGAGCAGGAAUGCUUGGAGGAUAAAGGAAAGCAAAUCAGAGGUCCAAACUUCCAAGAGCUGAGUCUGCCUGACCUGGAACAGGCAGGCACAUGGACAGUAAAUGCUGUCGCUCUCUACAACUCUGCCAUCGUACGAUCAAAACAAGAGGAGGAAGUUAAGGAAAUACAGACCAGCAUCAGAAAUAUUGAAGAGCUUUUCCUUCAGUGCCUUGUAGGAGGACAGAAAGAGACACAAGAUAGUCCCAGAUUGAGUCUUUUUGAUCCCAAGGCAAAACUGCUACAGAUCAGGGAAGAAUGUCAAAAGAAGCUUGACGAUCUUGAUGCCAUCCCCUACAACAUGGAGCAUGAACUGGACAGGGCUGAGGCCGUCAGGGGUAUCUACAAACAGGUUGCAGCUGACAUCACAGGUCUCAUCUCGUCAAUGGUGGAAGCAUCAGUCCAAGACCUUGGAGAGGCUCCGUGCAGAUUUGCCGUCAUCGGUCUGGGGUCGCUGGCCCGGGAAGAGACCACGCCUUACUCCGACUUUGAGUUCGCCAUCUUGCUGGAGGAGGGAGGAGACAGCAGGGAGAACCGCCAGUACUUCAGGAACCUCACAAGACUUCUGCACUUGAAGGUGAUUGAUCUUGGUGAAACUAUCCUCCCAGCCGUUGCCAUCAAAUCUUUAAAUGACUUUUAUUCAGGUGGCCCAGAAAGUGACUGGUUCUACGACACUGGACCCCGAGGCUUUGCCUUUGAUGGGGCCAUGCCGGGUGCUUCGAAAACACCACUCGGUCGACCAGAAUUUCAUGGCAAACCAGAGCUUGAGCUGAUUAGAACCCCACACAACAUGGCAAUUCUGCAGACCACAGCUUCUGCAGAAACAUACGGCUUCCACAUAGACGAGGUGCUGCGAACUGUGGCACAUGUGGCUGGAGACAGGAAGCUGGUUGAAGAGUAUGAAGUGUUAGUACAGCAAACUCUGCACACCGAGAAUCCUUCAGCGCACCACAAACCGGCUUCAGAGAUCAGUUCAAAGGAAGAAGAAUCUGCAAGUGUAGGAUCCCAAACUUCUGAUGCACAUCUAGAGGGUCAGACGUUAGGUUGUGAAAGAGCCAUGGCCUUUUUAAAGGAGAUUCUCCAGUCUUUCAAGACUACCCUAAAAGAGGAUGAGGACGGAAAACUUUUCCAGGUGAAGAAGGAAAUCUACCGUCUCCUCAGUAUGGUUGUCAGUGGCCUGGGACUUUUCUAUGCUCUGGAGGCAAACACAGCCUGGGACAUCAUUGAGGAAAUGGCUGACAAGGGUCUCCUCUCCAAGGUGGCAUCACAGAACCUUAAGGUGGCAGUCAGUAUUGCAACAGAACUACGACUCCACACUUAUCUCUCCAAUGACAGCCAGAGCGACGACAUCACUCCCAUGAAACGGAUAGACCAUGGAACAGACGAGGUGGCAACUGAAGAUACCUGUAGUCGAGUUGUCCGUGAACUCACCGAUGUUUUGCCCAAAAGCACUCUUGUACGCUUCUACCAGACCGUGCUCCCCCUCGAAGAAAUGAUGUCUGCUAUGUUGAAGAAAAGUGCAGGUGAGGAUAAGGAAACGGCAGCAGGAAGCUUGACAGAGGGAACUUGUUUGCUGGACACCAGUGCUAGGACUAAGUCUCUCAUCCUUCUGCGUCUAUCACAGUACCAGGAAGCUAUUUCCCUGCUUGAGAGAGAGAUUAAACAGCCGGAAACAGCCCAGCCAUCUCUGGGCAUGACACAUCAUCUGGGGGUCUGUCAUUACAACCUCGGCAACGCCUAUGGAGGUGACGGGGAUCAGCACAAAGCUAUGGAACAUUACCAGGAAGCUCUAGAACUGUGGAGGAAGGAUGCCCAAUCUGAAGGUGCCAAUGAACACAUAGCCAUGGCUCUGCAUGCCCUUGGACACAUUAACCACAUGUUCGACAAGUUUGAUCAGGCACUUGAAGCUUAUGGGGAAGCCCUCGAGUUAAGAAAACAGCUUUUUGGAAAAGAUGGUUCAGGUAGAGAAUUCAUUUCGCACACUCUGCAUGGCAUGGCUUCGGUACACAAGGAUGUAGGUGACUACGAUAUGGCACUGGAGCUGGAAAAGCAGGCACUAGAAUCAGCCCAGGAAAUGCAUGGCUUGCACAGAGCUCAUUCUGAAACUGCAACAUACAUGUCUGGCUUGGGAAGCAUCCACCUCGAGAUGGCAAACUUUAAAGAGGCCAGAAAAUGUUUUCAAGAGGCUUUGAGAAUGUUCAAAUCUGUUGUGGGGGAGAAUGUGGCUCACCCCCAGAUUGCUGCACAGCUGACUGCCCUUGCAAACCUAGAGAAGCAGUCUCGAUGGUCAAAUCUCGACUGUCUCUCCAAAUACUACCAGGCGCUUCAGAUAUUCCACAUUCUCUAUGGUACAGAGGGAAAGACGUAUGAGAUUGCUGGUACUCUAGACAGUAUUGCCAACUGUUUGGAUGACCUUGGUCACUUACAGGAUGCAGAGAAAUAUCACCGGGACUCACUAGACAUGUUCCUGCACAUCUAUGGAAGAAGUGCCGAGAACACAAGAGUAGCAGGGGCAUACAACAACCUGGGCAGCUCCCUUCUGGAAGCAGGAAGAAAUGAGGAGGGACUGGAGAUGAUGGAAAAGGCACUGCAGAUGAGACAAGCUGUUUUUCAAGGAAGAGAAGCCCCUGAGUUGGUCAGCUCCAUUUCCAACCUUGGAUAUGCUCACUGGAAGCUGGGCAAUACUGACAAGGCCACUCAGUACACAGAAGAAGCCAUCGCCAUGGCAACAGACCUUCACAAGGCCAGGAAACUGCACCCAAGCAUCAUUGUGCCGAUGCAGACACUUGGGGUGGUCUACAUGGACAGGAAAGAGUGGGUCCCAGCAAGGGAGCUGUUUGAGAAAGUCCUGGAAAUGGAACAAACCCUAUACAGUGGCCCUAAUCCUUUAAUGGCCAUGACACUGGCUAAUCUGGGAUCAGUCCAUGGUGAGAUGCUGGACCACAAUACAGCCCUGCAGUACCUGCAACGUGCAGAGAAGAUCUCAGAAGAUGUGUUUGGGGAGGGCACACCACAUCCACAGGUAGCCCUAAUUUGGAACAACAUGGGGAUGACCUACAAGGACAUGGGAAACAUCCCAAAGGCUUUGGAAUAUCUCACACGCUCACUUCAAAUGAGGGUGGCUAUCUACGGAGAUGACAACCCCCAUCCUGACAUCGGGGCAUCCCUGGGUAACAUGGGUAUCCUAAUGGCAAAGCUUGGGAACAUAGACAUGGCUGCCACGUGUUUUGAGAAGGCCUUGAAGAAGUUCCGUGGUAGCUAUGGCAACAGGAAUCAUCCAUCCAUUGCAGGUACUCUUGACAACCUGGGGAUCAUUUUCUAUGAGAAAGGAGACUACCACGAAAGUCUGAAGCAUCACAGGGAGGCACUUGAGAUGAAACAGGAACUGUAUGCAGGAAAGCCAAAUGUUUCCAUAGCUCUGACUAUAAACAACCUGGCAAAUACAUACAAGGCUCUCGGAGAGCAUGACACAGCCCUAGGCCUGUUCCAGCAGUCUUUGGACAUCUACGAUGGUGUGCACGGAAAAGGAACACUGCAUCCUGACAUUGCACACGGUUUGGUCGGCAUCGGAAAUCAGUACGUAAACCUGAAGAGAUGCCAGGACGGUAUCGAACUGCUGCAAAAGGCACUGGCUAUGUUAGAGGCAUUCUACGGUGCAGGCACCCCCCACCCGGAUAUAGCCACUUGUGUCAACAAUAUUGCUUUUGCACAUGACGAGCUAAAAGAGUAUGACUCUGCCGUACAAUGUUACCAAAGAGCUUUGGAAGUUUGGAGACAACUGUUUGGGAAUGAACACCCCAACGUGGCCAUGGCUUUGAAUAAUCUCGCCUCAGCGUACAGUAAGUCAGGAGACACCACACGUGCCACGGUGCAUUUUGAAGAAGCUGUAAAGAUCUAUCAGAUGUCUCCAUGUAACCCUCAAGCACACCAGGCUUUCUUCAACCUGGCAAAAGUCUGUCUUCAUCAAGGGAAUAAGAUGAAAGCCUUGGCAAACUAUGUUCAAGGCAUAAAUGCCCUGCAGUUACUACCAGGUCCUGUGUCCCUGCGCCCAGAACAGGUCACUGGACUGGAUUCUGCCGCACAGAUUUUGUUUGAUGGGAAAAGUUACAAGGAUGCUGCAGAGUACUGGGAAAAAGCCCUGGCUGCAUAUUCACAGAUGAGACAAGCUCCAAUUAAUGUGGAUGUAGGGAAGAUGCAGUUCAACUUAGCCAGGUGCUACAGUGAGCUUGGGGAUGUUGAAAAGGAGCGUUCCCUCCAUGAACAGGCCCUACAGACGCUGCUACAGCAGCAUGGGGAGAGCAGUCCUAACAUACAUGUGGGCCUGUCCCUGUUACAUACAGCCAAAGAACUACAGACAGCUGGGGACCACCAGUUAGCUCUUCUGUACCUUCAACAGGCAGCAGAAAUUUUCCAAGUGCUGUCAGAGUCGUCCCCCGAGUCUAAGACAUUUCUGGCUGCCACGUACAAGAGUAUGAGUGACACAUAUCAGUCCAUGGGAGACCAGGGGAGCACAGUGAAGUACCUGUCAGAGAUGAUGAGAACACUCCAGUCUACCAACCAGGAGGUAGAUGACUCUGUCUUUGAUGGCCUGUCACCAGAGACAAAAAGUUUACUGGAGAAGUUCCCAGCAUUGAGACCAACUCUGAAGAAAGCAGCCACUACUGUCAAGAUGCUGGGGUCCUGGCAGAGUGCUGAAGAUCUGAAUGGAGCAGCCCCUCUGAUGUGGAGUGACCUCCUGCUGCCCAGAAGAACCAUGUCUAAACCUGAACUACAGCUGUUCAGCCACUUCUUAGCUGACAUUGGAGCUGCAGAACAAUUCCACAGCCUCAUCAAGUACAUGGAGAAAUCGUACGAGGAUGUCAUCAGCGCUGAAGUACCAGUCCGGUGUCUGAUGAUGAUUGGUGGUCUGUGCACAGGUCUGGCUGACAGCAGCGCCCUCAUGUGUCACCGGCUUGUAACUGCAGGGAUGGUGGAGGUGUUGAGUGGGUGGCUGGAGAAAUUUCGAGAUCAUUAUCCACAAGACCGGAACCGUUCCAGUUUGGUGACCUCUGCCAUCCACACCAUCCAUAACUGCUGCAAGGUGCCUGAUGUCAGACCUGCUCUGAAGGAACAGAACAUAAACAAGCUGCUGGGUCCUUAUCUUAAGGUUGGAGAGGUGAGCACCAGACUGGCAGCACUCCUGGCCACCUCCUACCUGGCCGAUGAUGACACUCCUGAGGCAGACAGCGACAUCCUGGAUCACAUCAUCAGCAAACUGGAGAAGGCUCUUCAGGAAGAGUCCAGGUCAUCCGAGGGGUACUCAGCCAUGGAGCUGGUCAUGGGGAUAGGCACCCUGUGUGGGAACACAGUGAACAGAACUGCUUUCCUGGAGAGGUCAGCAGCAGCACUGGUGGAGAAACUGAUGGAGGAGGGAGAUGAAGAAGAGACAGAGGCAGCAGCAAACACCAUCUGUACACUCCUGGCUGACUGAUCGAUAAAGGAGUGAAUGAAUGUAUGAAUGACCAAAUGAAUGAAUGACCAAAUGUCAAAUGA